AUGCCACGCCUUCUCUUCCGGUUCCCUUCCCUGCCUCCCGCGGUCUUCCCCACCACACAACGAUCUCUCAUCUGGCAAGCCACAACAGACGAACAGGCAUAUCGGCGCACCGCUCGAUGGAGCUAUGCGUUGCCCUUUAACCGCCUUUCCGCGGCGGUGCAAGCCUGGUUCCUGACUUCUUCCCUCUUUACCUCCCCCCGCCUCCCGCCUCCCGCAAACACGCAAGCAAUGUCGGUCGAAGCACCGCUCGUCGCCAGCCUCUCCGCCCUCACCCUCGAUGGGUCCUCUACAACUAAGCCCACUGGCUUGGACAUCCCGCCUGCAUUGCACGAAACUCCAAACACAUCCGCUUUCUCGCCUUUCCCUCCAGCCAGCCGCGCCAACUCUACGCGCCGGGCAGCUUCACUGCGCGCGCUGGAGGCUCUUCAAACCACCCUCGAGCCGGGUCUUGUUGUCGCUGCUGGGCCGGAGUAUGACGCGGGCACCGCUGGCGCGUGGAAUUUCGACAACGCGCAGAUUCGCCCCAUGUGCAUCGUUUUCCCGCGGACGACUGACCAUGUCGUCGCCGCGAUGAAAGCCAUAUAUGCUGCUGGCGCAGACUACGGUGUCCAAGCAGGCGGUCACAGCGGGAACAAGGGCUGGAAUACCGUCCAAGAUGGUGUGAUGAUCAACUUUUCCCAUAUGCAGCGGGCGUCGUAUGAUGCGGAUUGCGACACGGUCACCCUUGAACCGGGAAUUCAUUGGGGCGACGCGACUGCCGAGCUUGCGAAGCAGGGUGUUACUGUUGUAGGAGGUCGUGUUCCUGGCGUUGGGACCGGUCUUCUUCUCGGCGGCGGCAUAUCUUUCCUCUCACCAUCACAGGGCUACGCCGCUGACAACUUCGUCGCACUCGAUGUUGUGCUUGUCGACGGCCGACUGGUAACAGCCACAGCAGACAACGAGUAUGCCGAUCUGUUCAAAGCGCUGAAGGGUGGCGCCAACCGUUUCGGUAUCGUCACCCGUUACGAGCUGCGCGCUGUCCACGUAGGGACUCCCGACGACAAGCGCUUUUAUGGCGGUUUCCAUAUUUAUCCGGCGUCGGCGUGGCCCGACAUCUUAAAAGCGACCGCCAAGUAUACGCGGGAGGUCAAUGACCCCAACGCAUCUUUGAUGGUCGUGCUCACCUCUACGCGCGUGCCUGACGCUCCGCCCAAACAGAUGGCACUUGUCUUCAUGUUUUAUACCGGGUCCACGUCCCUGCCAGAAGACAUUUAUGGCUCCUUCUUGGCCAUCAAAUCGAUGAUGUCCGAUAUCCGCCCCCACGCAUGGACGGACAUCGUCCCGCGCACGGACCCGCCUAUGUUUGACGCUUCAGCCCGGGGGCACGUUCAGCACUUUGGGGCGAUCGCGCUCCGGGGCGAGGACGAGCAGCUUCUGAACGCAUUGUCGGCCUUCGAGGACUUCAGCGGCGAGUUCGUGACGGAUGAGCAUCAGGUGAAGAGCAGUAGCUUGUGGUUGACGCCCAUUACGCGCCACCAGCUCGCCCUUGGACGCGAGAAAGGCGGGAAUGUCAUCAACGGCCUCGGGGAAGACAGGAGGGAGGCCUAUGUCCUCAUCCACCACAGCAAGAAGUUCGAGGCGGGGGUAACCGGGGUGAGCGAGGCGGUUCAGCGGGGUAUCGACAGGGUGUUUGAGCGGUGUCCGCCGCCUGAGAACGUUCCUCUGUUUGUGAACGAGUGCGACGUGAAGCAGGAGGUUUUCAAGACGUAUGCGGAGUACGACUUCUUGAAGGCGACAUACGCGAAGUAUGAUCCCGAAAGAUUCAACGUUACGCACCAGGCUGGGCCGCUUGGCCUGUAG